AUGACGGCCGCUGACGACGUCCAGGUUGGCGACCUGGUCAAUGUGCCAGGUGGGAUGUACGGGACUGUGAGGUUCCUGGGCCCGGUGGCAGGCAAGCCGGGCAGGUUUGCUGGCGUCGAACUGGCGCCAGAGCUGGCUGGCAGAGGGAAGAACAGCGGAGAUGUCGACGGAAGACACUACUUUACGACCUCAAUCCCCGGCUCGGGCAUAUUCGUGCCCAUGAACAACUCGAAAUACGUGACGAGACGAGCGGUUGCGCCACAGCUGACAGCAACAUCUGCGAGGAGUGGCCCGUCGAUUACGAACUUCAGUAGAUCUGUUGGGCCGGGCUUGAACCUGUCCUCGACCACCAGACCAAGGAUUCGGCGGCCUUCGUUGCCCCGGCCGGAUUCACCCAGCAAAGGUGCACCUUUGCCAUCGCCAAAGUUGAAUGUUAGUGGUUUACGCACGCCGUCCGGUAUGCCAAAGGGCCCUCCCAUAAAUGGACGGCCACGCACGCCGCUGAAGAGUAGACCGGCGAGCAGGCCGUCGUCUAGAAUCAGCAUGGAGAGCACAACUCCGAAACGGAUGGAUGCCGUUCGGACACCCGCCCUCGACGACUCUGAUAUAAACGACCGGACGAGGGAGCUGGAAAUGCAGCUUCGUGAGCGAGACAAGCAACUGGAGGUUCAGGCAGCAACCCUUGCGGAGUUCCAGCAGUGUGUCACCGAGCUGGAGGGGUUGGAUGCUCUCCAGGUCAGAGCACAACUCAAGGAGAAAAACGACAAGAUAUCUGCUCUCACGGCAGAAUUUGAUAGCCACAGGGCUGAUUUCAGGAGUACCCUUGAUACUCUCGAAGUGGCAGCUUCCGAGACUGAGCGGGUAUACGAGAAACGAAUCGAAGAGCUGCUCCAGGCAAACAGGGAGCUUCAGUCCCGCGGCGAAGAUGUCGAGACAGUCGCCCUGCAACUCAAGCAGCUAGAGGAACUCGUAUCCGAACUCGAAGAAGGUCUCGAAGAUGCCAGGAGAGGAGAGGCUGAGGCCAGGGGUGAAGUUGAAUACUUGCGUGGAGAGGUUGAGAGAACCCGCUUGGAGCUCAAGCAAGAACGGGAGAGGUCAUCAGGCUCAUUCCAAGACGGUGAGUCCUCAGCUGAAGGGUCGAGUAGGCAUCAUCCUACGAUCAGAGACCUGGAGCAAAAGGACGACGAGAUUCGCGGGCUUAAAGCUAUCAUUCACUCCCUCAGCCGUGGAGACCCAACUUCCCAAGCGUUCCUCCAGCAGAACGGUAUAGGACAAGGAAAGGGGCCAUCUGAUGGAGACUAUGAUGCCAAUGACCAGCUAUCAAAGAUGGACUUACGUAUUCAGGAGCUCGAAGCCGCCCUGGAGCAUAAAACCCAGCGGAUCAGCGAGCUGCAGCAAGAGGUCGAAAUGGGCCAGGCGCAGACAAACGCCUUUCGUGGCACAAUCACCACCUCGCCCCUAAGAGUCCACAAGAAUGCACCAGAACCAGCCAGCGACAGGGCCGCCGGCCCUAGCGUACCAACCCAUGCACACACGCUUUCGGACCGCACGAUCGUCCCCGGAGACUGGACCGAGAACUCUCCUGGCCAGGGCAACACCCUUGAUGCCCAAUCGUCUAGCACGGAUGAUGGCAGUGCAGCCUGGUGCGAGAUCUGCGAGUCCAGCGGACAUGACAUCCUCACCUGCACCAACAUGUUUGGCACGAUGGGCGUAAGCAAGCCAACCAGCCACCCGGCGAGCCUUCAACCCGCAUCACAGCCACCGCAAGUGACCGGACCACCGGAGAGAAGCAGUUUUGUCCAGGCCUCGAUCGAUUCCGCGCUUCAUGAUAGCAUGGACAGCAGCUUCGCCUCCACCCGCAAGCCAUCAUCCACCACUCCAGAGGCUAACGGAUCUUCGUCUGCCAAACAGGGCAGCCCAAGCUCCCAGCGGACCGGCAGAGACGUCGUGCUGGAAGGUCUCAAGGGUAUUGGUGGCCUCCCUUCUUCGUCCAUGGCUCCUAUUGCUGGAAAGUUAUCUGGCGUCAUCGAUGAGUCGAAAUGGUGUGCCCUGUGUGAACGAGACGGCCAUGAAAGCAUCGACUGCCCCUUUGACGAGUAA